AUGCUGAUUGGGAAGUUUCGUCUCUUUCGCGUGAUCGGAAACGGCGCCUUCUCAACGGUUAAGCUAGGAUAUGAUAUCGUCACAAACCAGCCCGUAGCUGUAAAAAUCAUACAAAAGUCUUCUAUUCCAGAUCAAGCAACAUUAAAUGGGAUCUUACAGCGUAAUGAGAUUUUAAAAUCUCUUGAUCACCCAGGUAUUGCGAAGUUCAUCGAUUUUAUAGAGGAUGAAUCAAGCUAUUACAUAAUUACUGAAUACUGCAGCGGAGGUGAAUUAUUCGAUUUUAUUAUAUCGAGAAAUAGAGUUGAGGAACCUCUUGCCAAGCGCCUCUUCAAACAGAUUGUUUUGACUGUAGCAUACAUUCACUCUCAAAAUAUUGUACAUCGCGAUUUAAAGCCAGAAAAUAUUCUGUUAACUGAAGCAAAAAACAUCAAAAUCAUCGAUUUCGGCCUAUGCUCAAACCAUGCAGAUCUACCACUUCAUGACCGAUGCGGUUCUUCAUGCUAUAUAUCGCCAGAGUCGCUUACAGAGACACAAUAUUACGGAAUUCCGGCAGACAUCUGGGCCCUCGGCGUGAUCCUUUACACACUAGUUGACGGUUCUUUACCUUGGAAUUAUCAAGAUUCUAAUCGUAUGUUUCAACAGAUAACAACAGGCGAUUUUCCAAUGCCGGCUACAAUAUCGUUGCAAUGCCAGGAUUUAUUGAAGAGCAUUCUCAAUCCAAAUCCAAAUACUAGAUUUAGUACUGAUCAGAUAUUAACGCACCCAUGGCUUUUCGGUGUUGGUAACGUCUUUCCUCUUCCUAAGCCUGUGGAUAGCAUCGCCGAUCAGCGUUUAGGAAUAGGUUUGGCCGGAUUUUCUGCCGGUGAUAUUAAAAAUCAAAGAAACGAAUUACAGAGACCAGUCAUACCUCCUACAAAUUCAUUAGCUACGAUAUACGAGAAUCCUAUGGAUCCAAAUCAGCAGUUUUCUCUGGGAUUUGGACAGGAAGUUCAAAAACCAGUGGUCACACCAGUCAAAAAGGUUACUCCUCGUUCAGUAUCGCUUAAUUUGGCAGCAAUGGCGCCUUCCCAGAACGAUAAUACAACGGUUCACCACGGAAUUAUUAUGUCACAGACAAUUUCAAACAGAGAUCCAACAGCAGUGGCCAUAAACUUCGAGAAUGUACUUAUCUCUAAAGGAAUUACAUACAAGAGAGCAGAUCAGCUCUUUUUCAACAUAUCCGCCCCUGGAUUAGAAAUAACUGCUGAAAUCUGCCGUUUGUAUGGUUUCAGAAAUGUUUAUGUUGUUACAUUCAACAGACUACAAGGCGAAGGAUGGGAUUAUACCAAAUUUAUUCAAGCACUCUUAGCUGACAUGAAGAAUUGA